CGGCAGCAUGAAUGAAGGCAAUAAACCGAGAGCGUCCCCAGCCUGCUUUGUUCAACUGGGAGGCGGCGGAGAGCCCCGAAAGACAGGAGUGUGAUCCAUCCCAGAAAGGCCUCGUCCCACCUCCACCAUGAACUACCUGCGCAGGCGUCUGUCUGACAGUAGCUUCGUGGCCAACCUACCCAACGGCUACAUGAUGGACCUGCAGCGGCCGGAUGGACCUGCCACUGUCCCUCCGCCCUCCCAGCAGGGCUCCACUGCUGGCCCGGGCCCAGUCUCAUCCUCCUCUGCCUCCUCCUUUCUUAGCUCCUUUUCCAGUGUGGUCAAGCCCUCACAGAACAAUCAGAGUGCUGGACAGGCCGACACGUGGCCUUCUGCAUCUUCCCUCUCCAAGCAGGUCCCGCCCACAUCCGUCCCCUCGAAACCGGCCCCACCCACAACCAUCUCCUCUAAGCCAACCCCGCCCACAACCAUCUCCCCCAAGCUGGCCCCAGCCACGACCAUUCCCUCCAAGCCGGCCCCAGUUGCGACUGCCCCACCAACGUUAGUGCCACGCAAGCCCAAGAUUCUUCUGGUCAUCGAUGACCCCCAUACGGACUGGGCGAGGUAUUUCCGGGGAAGGAAGCUGAACGGGGCGUACGAGGUCAGAGUGGAACAGGCCGAAUUUUCGGAGAUCAACCUUGCAUCCUAUGUCAUUGGUGGAUGCAUGAUUGACAUGCAGCUAACGAGAGGCGGGACCAAAGUAGUCAGGUCCUUUAAGCCAGACUUUGUUUUGAUUCGCCAGCACGCCUACAGCAUGACACCGGGAGACGAUUUCCGCAGCCUGGUGAUUGGCCUACAGUACGGGGGUGUGCCUGGUGUGAACUCGCUCUUCUCCAUCUACAACUUCUGCAGCAAACCUUGGGUGUUCUCCCAGAUGAUAAAGCUCUUUCAUGCUCUGGGCCCUGAGAAGUUUCCUCUGAAUGAGCAGACCUUCUACCCAAGCCAUAAGCAGAUGGUCUCUACGUCAGCCUUCCCAGUAGUGGUGAAGAUGGGACACGCCCACGCUGGCAUGGGAAAGAUUAAAGUCGAGAAUCCCCAUGACUUCCAGGAUGUCACCAGCGUCGUUGCUUUGGCCAAAACCUACGCGACUUCUGAGCCUUAUGUCGACUCCAAAUAUGACAUCAGGAUCCAGAAAAUCGGAAAUAAUUACAAGGCCUAUAUGAGGAAAUCCAUAUCAGGGAACUGGAAAGCCAACACUGGCUCUGCAAUGCUGGAGCAGAUCGCCAUGACGGACAGGUACCGUCUAUGGGUGGAUGCCUGCUCAGAGAUGUUUGGCGGCUUGGACAUCUGUGCCGUGAAGGCCGUGCAUGGGAAAGACGGCAGCGACUACAUCAUUGAGGUGAUGGACAGCUCCAUGCCAUUGAUAGGGGAGCACGUGGAGGAAGACAAACAACUAAUCGCAGACUUAGUGCUGACCAAGAUGGCCACCCUGCUGACUGGUUCUUGCUCUCCUGAGAUGUCAAUGGGCAAGGUGCAACCCCAGACGACCCAGCCCAGGAGGGCCCAAGGUGGCCCCCGCUCAGCCUCGGCGUCCCCCGGCCACUCAGCCCAGGGUUCCCCGCAGCGUGCCCGCUCGGCCUCCACGUCGCCAAGCCAGGCCUUCCAGCCUGGGCCUCUCCCAGCGUCAUCCGGCCGAGGCGCAGCCACACAGAGGCAGCUGCCUCAGCUCAACAAGUCCCGGUCACUGACCAAUGACUUUGGUGCGAGUGAGACCAUGCGCAGCAACACCAGUGAGGACGAGGCCAAGGCCGAGAGCAUCCGCAGCCUCAGGCAGUCCUUCGCCAGCCUCUUCUCGGACUAGCUGCUAGCAGUCCUGCCCAUCCCCAACGAUCCACCUACUUCCCUUCCUCCUCAUCGUCUCCACGGAGAGGUGCUGCCGGGAAGUUUCCGACGUGCCCAGAAGGGUGCCUGUAUAUCUGCGUCUAAUUGCCUUCGUUUACUCUUCGCCCAAAGUCAUCAUUAUGCCAGUCAACAGGUCGUACAGGCUUCAAAUUUCACUCCAGCAGUUGAUGAAGGUCAGCAAUGUGUACACACACAGCAAUACAGGUCAGAAGUGUUAUCAAGCGGUUCACUAUAUAGGGUCUACGUCAACCAAUUAACUCCCGAUGGCUUCUUUCUCUCCAUGGAGUGAAGUAGUGCAUUACUGAUUAUGGUGCAGCUAACAGCCAGAUUUGCUGCUGGUUUUUUUUUCCAUUUUUAAUGACAUUUGCAGGUUGAUUCAUGCUUAGCCACUAGCUUGGGAUCCAGUGGAGCCACAGUGGAAGCACUGCUCCUUUCUGUCACUGCAAUCUGGAACCAUCUAGGACAGAAAAGAAAAGACUAUUUCUGCGUUAAUUGACUUGCAAAUACCAACCAAACAUACAAAGCUAGAAUAUUAUGAAAUUCGGCUUUGAGCAGUCUUCCAUCGCAGCUCAAUCCCUUGAUCAUUAGACAUGGUAUUAACGACACUGUGCGCACUGCAUUGUAAAUAAAUCGCCAAAGGGGUUUUUCUACGGUUUGGAUAUUUAUGUCUCUGCUAGAAAUUUCUUGAGCCAUAAAAGUUGAACAGCUGUUAGCGCUGAGGAGCUAAAACCGGGAGGUCUUCGCUCUGCUGCUUGGCCUCCGCCGCUGUCAGCUACUUUGAAGCCUUAAUUUAGGAAGCGCCCACUUCGCCUGCUGCUUAUCAGUCAGGAGAUGCCUUGCAGUUGGUCCCUUUGGAUUGUAUACAUUACCAAGAGUAUGUAUGUGUACAGUAUGAAUAUGACAAAAGCAUUUCCUGUGGGUGCCGAUGGUGAAUUCAUGCAGAUGGGCAAAUCAGAUCGGUGAAAUUGUUUGUUUGUUUGUUUGUCUUUAUGCACAUUUUGCCAGCAUUUUCAAACAUUAUUUAACUGGGAUCUGGUUUCACUAGUAAUCACACUGGAAUUAGUGAUUAUUCUUGUCUGUUUUAGCAGACAGGAUAAUAAAGACCCUUCUGCCUUUCCUCUGUAAUUCCUGCAUGCACUAUUUUAACCCUCAUGGCAGUUAAGGGCCAUUUCCGCUGAAAUUGUUGUUUUCAAAUGUUAGGUCUCCACUUAUGAGUGUUGAACCUUAAGUGUGGUCACCUUGUUUCAGUGCGUUGUUUAUGAUAUUGAUAGUUUGAUUUAUUAACUUAUUUAUUAACUGUAACUUUUUUUUGGGAAUGUUGAAUAUUAAUUGUAUGUAACAUGAAGAUUUUAAUCCUUACCUUCUUAAGUUACUAAUUUCUUUUCAACUCUAAUUUAUACAAUAUUUUUAGUAUUUAUUUUGAAUUUGACUGAAAUGUUGACAUGGAUUGUAAGUUGAGUGUACCGCAUGAUUUUAUGUGUUUCAAUGGCCAUUACUGAAUCAAGGUAUUGGUUGUUGGUUCUGAGAAGAGUUUUGUCUUUUGAUGAGCGGUCUCUGUAUGUGCAUCGAUGUUUGACUUGCCAAUGUUUGUCAAGAAGGACCAAAUUUUAUGCUGGAAUAGUGAGACACUUUCACGUCUUUGUAAUUCACUAUGGGCUGAGCUGAUAACUGGACAGAUUUCUUCAUAAACAGUCAAAUUAAGUCUUCUGUAUGCAUUAUAAAAGCCAUAAUAUUACAGAACUGGAAAAUCUGACAUAGUCAUGAAUUUAUUUUAUCACUCAUUUGGUGGAGGACAUGUCCGGUGUUUUGGUUCUGAAUGUCCCUUGGAUUACUGUAUGGUCUGUUCCUCACUGUAAUAAGGGUGGACCAUAGAAAACCACGUGUGCUCAUUAUAUUUAUGCAUUAAAUAGAAAUAGAUUGCUUUAGAAAGGGGUGCAUUUUCAUGGUGUCUGUCCCUUUAAGAAGUUCUGGAUUUAUGCUUUUCUGUAAACAAAGUCCAUUCCCAUUUAAUUGAUGAUGGUGUAUUGAGAGACAUAUUUGUCCAUCGGUGAAUCUAGUUUGGACCAUACUGCCUGAGAUACUACCUCACAGCCAUCAGUCUCAUCACAUUAUCAAAGCCAUAUUUUUUGUGUUCCUCGUGAAACACUUUUUUCUGAUUAAAAAUAAAGAAUCACACGUACGGAAUUUGUGUUCUUGCCAGGCCAACAGUGAACAGGGCAGCCAGAAAUGCCUGUAGCUCUUUAUAACAUCCUUCAUUUUCCAACCUGUGAGAUACAGGUAUCCAUGAAUCAUUGGCUAUACUAGAUUUCAUUCCCUGCUUGCUAUGCUCUGGCAAAGGGACAUAUAAUUUGCAAGCGUUCCCAUCAAAAUAACCUUCCUCAGUAACUGUUGUAGCAGAUGUGGAUUUAACAGCGCCAUGACGGUUCCACCUUCAGAUUUUGUCAUUCGAUUUACGGCUGGAUUUCCCGCGACCGCACUCAUAAAUAGGCUCAUCUGAAUCUGCUGUGUAUAUUAUCUGCCUCUCUUGAAGUAGUGAAGUGGACUGCUGUAUAUGAGUAUGUAGACAAAUAGGCGUGCUGCACAUGGACCCAGGUUCUACGCUCUUCUGUUCUUCUGCCUUGGUCCAGAUGCUCCUGUGUAAUAUGUGUAAUUCAUCCUGUCUGUGUAACUGUGAAAUGGGCCAUUUGGUUUUUGGAGUUAAACGAUUAAAAAAGACCUUGUUUAAUAUAA